GGGUCUUAGGGCUUUGAACACCCUGUCUUCCUAAUGUGUGGGUAUUAUUCCAGGUGAUUACACACAGAGAGAACAGACAUUGUUCCUGAGGAUAUAAGAUUCUUUAAGUGAUUUUUUUUUUCUAUCUCGGUUGUCUCAGAUGGUCAGUUGAUCAGAAGACUUUGACAGAUCUGUAUUAGCACAUGUUAUAGGGUACCCCCAGGUGGCCGGGGCUUAAUGCUACAUGAUGGUCUGUUUGUAGCCCAAGGGUCCGCCACUUCUUGUACUUUCUAGGUUGUUUUAAUUGUUUUGAAAAUCUAUUGCUACAAGGGCAUACAUUGUACGAAUAAGGAAGAAUAAUGCACUUUAUGCAUAAUUGAUUUCAAGCAACUGUGAUCCAUAUGCCUCUGUACAGUGAAUUUCUAUCGGUACAUGACAUUUUCUAUGUGGUGUUGGUUCAGCAAUAAGGAAAGGAAUUGACUAAGCCAAGUGUGAGGAAAAAUUAUAUGUAUAUUAUUCUUUACACCCCGCUGGAUUAAGCCGUGGUCCAUUAUCGUUGACUUGCAUGUUGCGUGUCCUCAGAGAUUGAUGUGGAACAGUUGGAGCAGAAUUUUUUGUACCAGGAUAUUGUUACAUGUCACUCUGGAUCAAGAUUCCAUCCAAGCUGACUGCACAUAAUCUAUCUGCCAUAUUACCAACACUCUUGACAUCCCUAAUUAGCAGUCUGAACAUGGACCAGUGACAGAUAUUGUGGGGAAUGUGCAUUUGAGAUUUAUCAGGUCUUAGUUUAUCUAUUAAAUUCUUCUGGAUGUGUAUUGCGUUACCCAGGUUGACUUCAUUGUGAUAAAUUCAACACAAAACUUGAAAGGACUCUUUCUCCCCAUGGGUUGGAGAUGAACUGAUCUGAAUAGCUGCAUCUUGUGUUCAUGAAGAUGGCGUUCCAUGAGUUGGCUCUUGUGACCAUAGCAAUCAGCAUUUGCAUUUGCUCUUGCCAAGUGAUAAAUCGCCCGCCAUCAUUACAUCAAACAUUUGAGCCAUCUUAUUACAUACAAAGAGAACACAGUACUCCAAUAACCAUCCACUGUAAAGCCCAGAAUGGAAAUAUCACUUAUCAGUGGAGGAAGGACGAUGUGGCAGUGCGUAAUAGUCGACAGGUUGCUGUAGAUUCCAAGCUAGGCACAAUUGUAUUCACCAGAAUAGAUAUGUCAGACUAUGGGACCUAUCAGUGCUUUGCUAGCAACCAAUAUGGCACUGCUCUAUCACCUCCUAUAGAAGUCCAUGAGGCUCGGUUGGGAAGUUUCCCGGCGGAUCCUGUUUCUCAGGAGUGUACCAAGUUCCAGCAUUGCCUGAUCCAGUGUCGGAAUCGCCCGGUGUGUGAGCCCGAGUCUCAGUGCCGCGUCGAGUGGAAGAAAGGCCCUGGCACCGACAACAAUGUUCGCGUGUCAGAAAGGGUAGCAGUGGAUGGAAAGGGUAAUUUACAUAUCCUGUCUGUGACUGAUGAGGACUGGGAUGGGCAGCAGUAUGGGUGUGGUCUGUGGAACGAAUUGACAAAGACCUUCACUAAAGGCAGCAUGACAUCUCUCUCCAUUAAAGACUCUUCACAGAGCAGGAUAGAGCCCCUGGGUGUGUACUCGGAGAACACCAAGGCCUUCCUGGGACAGACUGCUGAAUUACAGUGCAUAUUUUCUGGAAGCCCAAUUCCAACCAUACAGUGGAAGACCCCGGAGCUAGAGUUCAUUGACAUCUCCAACACCAAGAAGUAUGAACUGGCCGACUUUGGGAGGAAGCUGUUGGUAAAGAACCUGACCAUCAAUGACGAGGGCUCCUACACGUGUAUAGCCAACAACAAGGUCCAGCAGCAGGCAUUCCUCAACAUCACCUCACCUCCUUUCAUCAAUCCAUUAAACAAAAAUCCACAGAUGGCUGACACGUAUAUUUCUGCCGGAAAAAACGCGGUGUUUUACUGCGAUACGGUGUCAGUACAAGGAGAAAAGCAGCCGUCACCUCCAAUAUGGAAGAAAAAUGGCAAAGACAUUGGUGCCAAUAGAGUAGGUGUAGAAUACUCUGUUAGUGCCGACAUGCGGGAGCUGACCGUGCUGGACACGGAGAAGCCUUCGUCCUCUCGAGCUGGAUCUACCGGAAGUUACCAGUGUGUGUCAUCCAACAGCGAGGGCAUGAUCUUCAAGGAUGCGUUUCUGGCAGUUCUUGACCCCAUAAAGAUCCUGAUUCGCCCUGAGAACUCUUACCUCAUCGACAGAGAGAGUGUGAUUUCCUUGGCUGUAGAUGCAAGCACAGACCCUGCCCUGAGCUUACAGUACAGAUGGAGGUUUAGGAACUCCAAUAACCAGACCACUGUACUGACAUCCAACACCAACCCCAGGGCUUGGACUCUUUCCGACAGCAACAGGAACCUCACCAUCAAUGCUCAGGGCCUAAACAAGGACGAGUUCUUCCAGCUGAUUGGACGAUAUUUUGUGGAGAUUUAUCAUCAGUAUGACGCAGAAUUUGUUCACAUAGACGUGGUUACGGAUAUCCCAGCAAAUGUCACUGACCCAGUACCAACCGUUCCACAAGAACCACCAGCCGAGGCCAAUCUGUGGUUCCUUGGAAUCAUUUUUGGUGUGAUCCUCCUUAUCAUUGUCAUCAUCUUUAUCUGCUGCAUGCUGUACCGUAAUGCCUGUAAAAGUGGCACUUAUCCAGUGGAUGAGAAAGAAGUGGCAGCCGGACAUGAUCCAGAAAAAGAACUGGCUGACAGCGGAUUCCAUGAUUUGUCUCGAGCAGACGAAGAUGGCCACAAAAUGGACAAUAUAUCGCUGUCAGAUGAUUUUGGCAAACAGAUAGAGAGUGAUGAGGACAGUAUGGGAGAAUAUGGCGGUGAUUUAGACAUCAGCAAAUUCAACGAGGAUGGAUCAUUCAUAGGCAUAUAUGCAGACAAAGUGACCAACAACUCAAAACAGUCAACUGUUUGAUAGUUGUACUCUGUAUCACAAGUUGUUUGAACAGACAAACAUGUGAACUACCUUGCUUGCCAUAUAGAAAAAGCUAUGUUGUGUAAUUCAUGAGGACAAAAAAUAGUCGACGUAUAGCUCAUGUGGAAUCGCUAUGGGAUCUGCCUCAGAAGUGCUCUUUCUUCACUGCCAGUGCAUUAAUCCAGUCAGGAGUGUGUUUGAAUUUCCCAAUUUUGACCAAUUCAGAAAGAAAUGAUGGGAUUUUCUAUCAAUGACUAGUCAAUUAACAUAAAAUUGCCAUUAGUUGGGGGAUUUAUUCCGUGAAAAAUCCUGUAGAAUGUACAGAAUAGACACAUUUUUGUGCUAUGUGUUGAUUGUGUUUUAAUAAUGAGUUACCUUGUUACAGUAGUACAGUUUUUUGGUUCCUGCGUCCAGCAUAAAUGGUUACUAAAUGGACCUGUAAAUGAAUACCAAUUAAUCAACAUGUACAAUUUAAAGAAUUUGUGUUUGGAUGACCAAAUCAUUCCAGAAAUUAUUGGGGCACCAUUUUUCAGUCCUUGCUGCAUUUGAUGCAUCAUUCUGUCUUGACGAACAUAUUGUUUUUUCCAAUUUUUUAUUUGAUAGCAAUCCUCCAUUUUCUCAUCCUCAUUAUUAUGAGAGAAUUGAAAAUGCGUAUAUGAAUUUAUUUAUUACAUUUUUUUUUUAAUUUGCUGGCCAGAAAUCCUUUAGUAUGAUGAAUCCAUGUUUGUGGCAAUCUUGAUAUUCUUGUUUUUUUUUUCUUAUAUACAUAUAUUGCAGCUUCAUUGAGAUGGUGUGCAUUUCCAGUUAAACAUUCCAAAUUUAUAUGGUUUAAAGGGGUAUUUUCACUUUUUUUAAUAUCUUAGAAUACUAUACUAUAGUAAAUUUGUGUGGUUUUUUGUUGUUUUGUGUUUUGGUUGUAAUAGUUCCAGAAUUAAUCCUGGUGAUAUGUAAGAAAAUGAUAUAAUUAUGCAACUGAUAUGACAUUUUGAAAUAACACAAAGAGCUAACUGAAGAAUAUGAAAUUUUUAUUUAUUCUUGGUAUGAAACUCAUCUUAUUUUUAUAUUCCUGAUUUAAUUCUGGAAAUUACAAUACUUGCCCUGCAUUUGAGUGCAAAGAUUUGCUUGAAAAAUGCUUACAGAUACAUGUACUUUUUACCACAAUAACUGUCUAUAACGUGCAUACAUGUGUAUUUAUUGAACUUUUACUGAAUAAUCCUACUUGUUGAAGUCUUUAAAAUCUGUAUUUAUUGAACAAAUGCCUGUAUUGAUGUGCAAUUAUUUUUUUUUUUAGAAUGUAACUUGAUUUAACUUGAAAAUGUCUCAAUUUUUAAUACCUAUUAUUAUUUAUUUACAUGUGAUUGUCUUGUAGGCCUGAUCAUAGCAUCAUCUCAAUCUAUCAUAGAAUUUUAUGACUUGAACUUGAAGACAUAUUUUUACAUGUCUUUAUAGUUUUGAUAUGAAAUCAGAAAACUGUAACGUAUGUACUUUGAUAUAUGAUCUCAGUGAAGUUGAUUCAUUCAAUAUUCACAGGUUAGGUGAAUUGUAAAAGAAAUUGCACAUACCUGAAUUUUUGUAAAAUGCAUGUAUAUAUGCAUGAACUAGCUAGUACACUGUAGAUUCCUUAAUUUACACCAGUACAUAACUCUGUGAUGCAAUCAUUUUGCAUAAAAUCGAGAGAAUAUGAAAUCACGAACACCGAAUUGUUAUCAUUGUUUCAUUUAGUUUUCAUCUGUUUGAAAAAUGAAAGCAAGAUUCUAAAAUCCGCAUGAUGCGGUUCGUGUGAUUUUACACGGAUAUUAAUAAUUCCUCACGUUUAAUUAGGAAUCUUAAGUACAUAAAUGUCGUUGCUGUUGUAUUUAGUCAUUGUUUAUUUAGUUUAUUUUUCAUUCAUAUUUUUUCCUCUCAAGUUAUUAGCAAGCUGUACAUAUGAAUCCACUCAUCCAGCGAGGGUGGUGCCAGUGGCAUAUAACGUGCAAUGUUUUUUUUUUCUAAAGUAUAUAAAUUAUAUAUAUUUGCAAUUUUG